AUGUUGAAUUUUGAAGAGAAUGUAAUAAUUAAUGAUGAAAAUGAUAAUGGAUCUGAUCAAGAGACAAAUUGCUCUUAUUCAGAACAUUCCAAUCGAACACCAUCUAUUGAAAUAGCAUCCAUGUCAUCGACAAUAUCAACAUUGAAUACUACAGAUCAUGUUUUAAUAUCAACAAAAGUUAUCGAUAAUUCUUGUAAUAAACAAGAACAGUUGAUAAAUUUAUUAAAUUCCGACUUUUUGUCUUGCUCAUUUUGUCAUGCAAAUGAUAAUGUAAUAAAGCUUCUUCCGUGUUUACAUACAGUCUGUCAAAGUUGUGCUAUUUCGUUACAUAACCAUUCAAAGAGUGUGGAUAAUUCGCCAAUAAAAUGUAAAGCUUGUCAUAUGGCUGGUUUGAAAUUAAAAGAACAAUAUGAUCCUCAUAAUAGUAAUAGUUUUAUUAAUGAAACACUAAAAAAUAACUAUAACGAUGAGAAAUAUUCGACAGUUCAACCUGGCAUUAACUCAACUACUGACUCAAACUGUGUAUUAGAAAAGGAGGAAACAAUUACAGUGGAUGAAUUACAAUUUCCAAAUGCAAUAUUUAUUGAAAAACUUCGAGAUUUAGCAAAUUUAUUACAAAAAGAUACAAUACGUAAAUGUGAUUAUUGUAUGUUUGAAAAUCAAAAUUCAGAAGCUCAAUUCAGAUGUAUUGAAUGUGGUGAUAAUCUAUGUGAACCAUGUGCUCAAGCUCAUAAACGAACUAGAAUAACACGACUUCAUACUCUGCUUUCAUAUGAGGAUAUUUUAGUAAACGGGUAUUUGCUACGCAUGAGAGAGGCUCCACCUACUCAAUGUACCGAUCAUGAAUUCUCUGAGCUUAACACAAUUAAUUCAAAUGAGAAGACUAUAAGUAAUAAUCAGAAAGUAUCAGAUAACACGGUCAGAACUAGUUCUACUACUGUUGAUUUUAAUAGUAAUAAGGGUAAAACUAUUAUUGGUCACCGUUGUAAUUGGCCAUCACCAUCAGCUUGUUUUUACUGUAAACCAUGUAAAGAACAUGAAAAUCAUGUUGUAUUAUCAUUGGAAAAGGCUGUUCAUGAUGCUAAACUUGAAAUUAAUAAGCAAAUCGAUCGAGUUAAACGGAAUAAUUCACAAUUCGAAAAUUAUUUACGUCAUCUAAUUAAAUACGGUCAUGAACUUGGUGAAACAGAAUUGAACAUAACUAAUCAAAUUCAAAAUAGAGCUGAACAAUUGAAAAACGAAAUUGAUCAAAUAGCUAAUAAACUAACUAAUCAACUUGACAAAGAGAUUGGGAAUGAAAUGAAGCUAGUUGACCAAUGUGCAGGGUCCCUGCCAGAAGAGGUACUUUUCUGUUUUGAUCAAGUAAACGAACAGCUGAGUUAUUUGGGACAAAAGAAAAUUGAAUAUUUAGGAGCACGCAUAAAAACGUAUUUCAAAAAUGGCGGUUAUAGUUAUUGUGAAGAUGGGAUAGAAACAAAAAGUCAAACAUUCAAUUCAUCAUAUUUAUUCGGAAGUGUUGAAUGUGAAAAAAUUGUAGAGGAAUUUUCAAAAAAUGAAAAUAUUAAUCGUUCAGCUAUUCAUAAACAAAAUGAACUUAAAUUAGAACUUAGUAAUAUAUACUUAAAUCCUGAUCAAAUAUCAGUCGGUGUAAAUACUAGUCCAAGAGAGCUAGAAACAUUAACGAGUUAUCAUGAAGAUAAUCGAUUUAAUAAUAAUGAUAGUGAAUUACAUCUACUUAUUUCUGGUAAUCGUUUUAAAACAAAUGAAAGCUUCUUAACACCAAGAAAUGGUUAUACAUCUGAUAAUGUGAAACAUAAAUCAAUGAUUAAAGAACAAUAUAAUCUAUCCAAAUGUCAAGUAACCAAUGAAUUAGAAUUUGAUGCAAGAGUUAGUACUGAUUUACGUGAUGUUUGGCCUACUGGAUUAGCUGUAAAUCAAUCGAAUGGAGACAUUUAUGUUGUGGAUAGAGAUAAUUCUAGAAUCAAGCUUUUUACCCAUGAUGGAACAUUUAUUUCAAGUUUAGGUGAUACAGGUGAAAUGACUGACCGACUUAUAAGUCCAUUUGACAUUACACUAUCAUCCAGUCGGGGAAUUAUAUUUGUAUCAGACUAUCAACGAGAUGAGAUUCGACUAUUCAGCUUCGAUGGACGUUCACAGGGUACAUUAACAAAAAAUAAACUUAAACAUCCACGUGGAGUAUGUUAUGGUAUUGGAUUAUUGGCUGUUGUUGAAAGUCGACGUCAUCAUAUUAGUCUUUAUGACAUCCGCUGUGAUACUAAUUCACCAGUACAUCAAAUACCUGUUGAUAAAGGAUUAACUGGAGAAGAAGAUAAUUCAAACAAAUUUAUUUUUAACAGUCGAACUGCGCUUACUGAACCGUAUUAUGUUGAAUUUGUUGAUGAUGGUGGAGGAUGCAUAGGUGUUACUGACUGGGCUGCUCCAAGUGUCAAGUUGUACUCAUUAAAGACUGGUUCUUUUCUAUCUUCUAUUGGUGGUUAUGGUACAACAAAUGAUAAUAUUUUACAACCAUAUGGAAUAUGCUAUGCUCCAUGGACUAGAUCAUUUCUAAUUGCUGAUCAUGUUAAUCACCGUAUACAAUCAUGUCAAAUUAAACAUAUCAAUGAAAAUGAUAAUACUAUUCUGACAAAUGAUUUCAAUAGAUCAACAAAACAAACCAAUGGAUUGAAUCAAAUCAAUGUUAAUGGACAUAAAAUCACUUCUAUUAAUUUAUCAUCAUUGAAACCGAUUGCUGAAAAGGGUACACAUUCAAUAUGGCAUCCAAUGGCUAUUACUACAGAUAUACAACGUAAACGAAUAAUUGUAACAGAAGCAUUAGGCAAUGUUAAAGUAUUAAAAUCAAUGGAAACAAUUUAA